CAAACUGUCUUUCCUGUCAGCUUGAACGAGUGUUUCGUGCGAGGUUAUUACGACCCUGAAUUUAACAUUAUCUCUUGAAUAGCCACGUUUUUUUUUGUAUGUGUGUGUGUGUAUGUCGUUUGAAUCUGCUGGACUACAGUCUUGGUGCAUGUGACCCGGAGGAGGACGUUUAGGCUUGACACAUUUUUGCUAAUAAUUGCAUUGACUGCAGCUGUACCGCUUUGAGAAACCAUGUCUGAUUUAAUCCUGGUGCUGCUGUUAGUCGUGCUCCUGGUGUGUUUGGUUGUGACAGUGGCGGGUUUCCUGCUGGUUUCGGGACUCCUGUCUGACGUGAUUAUAAAGACUGGGCCACCUCCUAUCAGAAAUGUUACUAUUGCUUAUAAGUUCAAAGAGGGAUCUUACAAGGACUGCGGUGCAGCCUACACAGAGAGCUGCAGCAUUGGGCCAAAGCUGAGCUCCAUCGGUGUCUUCUACGAUUUCCCCAAGCAGAGGCCAUCAGAGAAAUGUCGCUAUGUGGUGGGCAGUGUCCUGUGUGAGGGUGAAGAGAAGCCAGACGAAGAACUACAGAAGCUGUACGAGAAGUUUGGCUUCAAGGUGUUUUCUCUGCCUGAAGUGAGCCACGCUGUGACCACCAGCUUCCCCUGCACCACCCCUCUGUCUCACGUGCUGGGACCUUACAGGGUCUACCCCAGGCUCGCUUCCUACAUCGAGGAGAGGAAGCUGUGUGCAUUCCCACUUAUUGAGGUCUGUAGUUCAGAUGUCAUCAACUACAUGGUUCCACUGUCUCGCCAGACGGACUUCUUUGUUCCAGAGAUGAAGGAGGAAGUUAAAACAGACGUUAAGGAGGAGGACUCUGACGAGGACAGAGGAACUGACAUUACAGGUGCAGACUCCCACAGUGAUGUGAGUUCAGUGAGCGGCGGCGUGCCCUGGGACAGCAGAGACACAUCCCUUGCUGCUUCUACAGCCGCCUCCCUGGCCUCUUCCCUACCUCUGAGGGACGUAAUGGAUGCAAAUGAAGACAUUAAACCCAGGGACCACAGCGACGGAGGCUCGAACGAGUCCAUGGGCAGUGGGUCGUCCUUUGAAGAGCUUGACAUGGAUCAAGAGGAGCAGGAGGAGGGCGAAGAGAGGGAAGAGAAGGAAGAUGGAGAGGAGGAGGAGGUCCCCGAAGGUGAAGAUGGAGCUACAGGAGCUGUUGAACUGGCUGAGAAGAAGGAGCCCUUGGGGGACGGAGAGGAGUAGGGAGGAUGCUGAAGAGAUAAGAGAUGAGGCCAUGUAACACUGGCAUGCUAGAGAGUUUCUCAGUUGUUACUGUUGCUGGUUAUCUGUCAUGUAAUCUUGUUGGUGGAUUUAAAGCUGUUCAUGCCAUGACCAACAUGCUGUAUUUCUGCGCCUUCUAAUUCCUCUUUUUGAAGCCUGUACUUUUUGUUAUAUUUUAAUCUCAUUUUUUUAAAUAUAAUUUGCGAUCCUGUAUUUAAACUCUGUCAGGAUAGAACAACAGACAACCAAAUAGACUUAAGUCUUCUUGGAUAAACCUAAUCUGUGCACAUGGUGUGCAGUUAAUGAGGCAAGAUUUGUUCGGUUCUAUAUUUCAUUUGAAACUGUGAUCUUGGAUGUGUAUCACCGACAUUCCUGCUCAGAAAAAAUGACACUUUAGUUUAAGAUUAACAUCAAAGGAAGGACUCUGACGCCGGCUGUCCUGGAUCAUCAUACAGCAAAUUUUUACCCAUUUUGUGAAAGUUGAUAUUGUACCCCACUUUCAAGGUCCCAAGAAAUAUUAUGUCAUGUGUUUGUGUGCAUUACCUGACUUUGGUGUUGAUGUACAGUUAUGAUUGGGUGAGAAUGCCGUAGAAAAUUUUGACGGACCUAUUGUGUUAUGUUGUGUUUUUUUUUAUACCCAGUUUGUAGAAUAUCUCUCACAGGGGAGAUUCUGCAGUCUGAGAACUACCAACACCAGUGAGGACUAAGAGUAGUAGAGUAACAUCACGAUGGUCAUCAGGACUAAAAGGAGGAUUUAAAAUGAAAUGUAAACUUAUUUCCCUUGGAUACUGUACAGAACAUUUUAUUGUCACCGCGCUCAGAUAAUUGCUUUAGUCUUUUUUUUAACGUAAUGUUCUCUUCCAUAGCUGGUUUGUGAAAUCACUCUACAGUUCUGUUUGUAGCCAAAAUUCACUCACUUCCAGAGACUAGAUGUGAUAUGUUUGUAGGUUGAAGUUGUUGGUGCUGUGAGACAUUGGAAAUAAUGUACAGCACAUUGCCAAGGUUCUGUCUGUCUGUCUAUAAAUAAAAUUUCAAACGGAAAGUUCA